AGGUGCAAGCGAGGCACAUGGAUCUAUAAAUGCCGUGGCUUGAGGGGGGUCAAGGGGCUGAUGGCUGAGCAGCCGGACCAGAGGAUCCCCACUCGACAGGAGCCCUCUGGGACGGAGAUCAAGUUCAGAAGGAGCUGGGGCUGAGUCGAUCUCCCCAACGCCCCCACCUCUCUCUCUCCACCACCACGCUUCUGCCGGGCGCCCCCUCCCUGGGUCUUCGCCCAGCCCCUUCCCAACGUGGCUUGCUCUCCCGUGCAACCUGACCAGAGUGUCUCCAGUUCCUUGGGGGACUGAGCUGCCUGGGCUCCCUCUUUGCCACCCACCCUCUCUCUCUCUCUCUCUCUCUCUCUCUCUCUCUCUCUCUCUCGGGCCCUCCGCCCCCCCCCACCGCUUUCCUCCUGUGAUCUCUCCAGUCCGAAGUGGGAAGCUCUCCUCUCUCUCUCUCUCUCUCUCUCUCUCUCUCUCUCUCUCUCUCUCUCUCUCGGCGCGCGGAGAGGGUAUAUUUUUAGAGCGAUCGCCUCCCUGCUCGGCACCACGUGUGCUGCCCAUGUUGCUCGGAAUGACUGGCCCCUCUUCGGCCUGCUUGCCAGUCUUGCUCCUGGGACUGCUGUCGCCUUGGCUGGCCGGGCGCUGCAUGCCCGCCUUCGCCCAGCCCCACCAGCCCCACCAGCAGCCCCAGCACAACGACACCCUGGAGUGGCGCUGGGAGACGCUCUUCUCGCGCUCCAUGGCCAGGAUCCCCGGGGAAAGGAGGGAGCCCAACCGCGACGGCGACUAUCUGCUGGGCAUCAAGAGGCUCAGGCGUCUCUAUUGCAACGUCGGCAUCGGCUUCCACAUCCAGGUGCUGCCAGACGGCAGGAUCAACGGGAUCCACAACGAAAACCGGCACAGUUUGCUUGAAAUCUCUCCUGUGGAAAGAGGAGUGGUGAGCCUCUUUGGUGUUAAAAGUGGACUCUUUGUAGCCAUGAACAAUAAAGGCAAACUCUAUGGAGCUAACCAUUUCAACGAUGAGUGCAAAUUCAAAGAGAUCCUGCUGCCCAACAACUACAACGCCUACGAAUCCCAGAUCUACCCCGGGAUGUACAUAGCCCUGAGCAAAAACGGACGAACAAAGAAAGGCAACAAAGUCUCUCCCACCAUGACAGUGACACAUUUUCUUCCUAGGAUCUGAGCGCUUGUCCCUUCAGACUUAACCUCAGGGAAGUGGGGAGGAGGCGAGAGACCCGAGAGGCGGAGGAGGGGAAACCUAUGGUGCACUUUUCUUUUCAGAGUUUUAUGCAAGAGUAGAUGUAAGAUAUUUAAAUUAUUUAAUUCUGUAUAUAUUGCCAGAAAGUUAUUUAUAGUUCUGAUUUUUAAAAAAGAAAUUCCUUUAAAAAAAAAGACAAAAAAAGCAUAAAACAAAAUCCUCCGACUUAAGCUAUUCAUUGCACAAUGCAACGACAAAGGACUCUUUUGCAUUGUGGCUUAUUUUACUUUGUUUUGGGUAAGUUAUCACAGGUGUGCUGCUAUUAUGUGUUGUUGUUUUUUAAAACGUGAAAUCCGAUUCCUAUAUUUACAAUGUUUUGCACUGUUCUCUGUGUUGUACAGUGUUGGCUAGUGAACAUGAUUUUUUGUUUUGUUUUGUUUUUUUAAAGAAACCAAUGAUAACUGCCAGGUAAGGUCUUUAGUCUUUGAAGAAUGAGUGGGCAAAACCUCCCUCUUGUUCUGAUACCAGCUUGUUGCAAGCAAUGCACAAUGUCUGACCUCCUUUUGUGCAGCAUUGCUGUUUCAUUGAAAUGGUAUCAGUUUACUUCUGGGGCAGAAAGUGCAGUGUUGAAGUACCACCCUGAAAAGCUGUUUUUAGAUCUGCUGCUGCUGAACUCUGAACUUCCCUGCAGUCAAUCUCUUCGGAGCCCCUGAGACGCAAUUCACCAAGUAAUAUGGGCGAAUGACUCUUUUGAACUAACAUGGAGGCUGCUCAGCAGCAGUGCUUGGUGAACUGUGCCCUUAGCAGACAACUCUUAAACAUGUACUGUAGAAUCAAUUUCCAGGAAUAUUAUUCUAUUUUAACUUUAAAAACAAAAACAAAAAACUGGACAAAAGCAAACCUUUUGACCCAUCAGUAACUGUGUGGUCACUUUCUUUCCCCCAUCAAGGUUCACACUGUGUGAAACCAGCAGGCCACAAUUAAUUAGUAACAUUUAAUUUAAAUGUGAUAACUCUAUUCCUCUUCUCUGCCAAAUGUGUAAUUCUGGCAAUGUCUGAAGAGCAUGUCAUCAAACAUGAUCUCUCUCUCUCUCUCUCUCUCUCUCUCUCAUAUGGCCAGAUGACUGAAGUUUCUCUACAUCCUUAUUGAUGUAUUGAUGUAUUGUUCCUCUACUUCCUCAUUGAUGUAUUGUUUUUAAUGCAAUAUUUAGAAGGAGAAAAUGUGCUGCUGCCUUUAAGGCUGCAAUCCAUAACCCACUACAGUAUGUCUAAGUUACCUUAGAGCACAUUGUUGUAACAGAAACUGGCUUUGAUGCUCUGGUUGGUAGCUGUGCUUGCUGCAAAGUGAUCAUCUGAGUGAUCGCCAGAGAUGCACGAGGGCAGUCCCUCGCUGGGACAGGGCCUGUUAGUGGUACGCUUUGGAGAUGAGUCAUUCCAGUGAUCGCCGGCACUGCUAGCAGCUGGAGAUACAGCUCUCCUACUUUCUGGCAUAGCAAUAGCUGAUUAUCCUGGACCUCCGUAAUUUUGUGAGAAAGCCUUGCCUGUCGAUGGCAGCUUUCAGAAGCCAGGAUCACAGGGCUGCUUCUGGGGAGGCCGAAAUCUGCUGAGAGUACAGUCAGGAUAUGGCAGCUGAAGGGCUCUGGGAUAUGGUGGAAGCCUUGUUGCACUAGCAGGACCUAGAUUAUAUCUUUGCUCCUGGACUAGGUAAAGGUAAAGGGACCCCUGACCACUAGGUCCAGUCGUGACCGACUCUGGGGUUAUGGCGCUCA